GAAAAUUCCCACGUAUCCGGGUGGGUUGAUUCUGGUUUUACGAAACUUCAAAUAUGGGGCCUGACUCAAUUUGAGCGGGUUGUAUACCUCGAUGCGGACUGCCUAGUGGUAGAAGAUAUACAGGAGCUCUUUUCUGCCGAUGUGGAUUUCGCUGCAGCACCAGACAUUUUCCCUCCGGAUCGCUUCAAUGCUGGUGUGAUGCUAGUACGGCCAAAUCUUGAUGUGUAUGAAGACAUGCUAAGGGCAGUAAAGGCUGGAGCGUUGCCCUCGUAUGACGGCGGAGACACGGGGUUUUUGAAUGCCUUUUUCCCCAAGUGGUACUCCUCUCCGCUUGUUCGAACGGGCUCGACAUCGUCCUCUUUUUCGACCUGUGGGGGCAACACAAUGCCGCAAAAAGUUUCCAUGGCCCGUCUUCCUUUUAUUUGGAACGCGCAACGCACGCUGCACUGGAUGACGCAUGCCGUAGCUCCCGGAUACUGGGGGGCCGUGGCCACGCACGUGAAAAUCCUCCAUUUCUCGUCCAGCCCCAAGCCCUGGGAGCCGG